AUGGCUCGAGUCCGAAAAGGCCUCUCAUACGUGCUAGGAGAUACCGGCAACCAUGAAAAUCACAUACUUCCCAUCAAUGCCAUGCAGCUUCUGGCCCAUACUGGUCAUUUGUUCACAGGAGGCAGAGAUGGAGUUGUGAAGGUGUGGAGUCUGGAUAGACAGCCCGGAGCCGAAGAAAGCCCAUUGCCAGAGGAACAUUGCCAGGAUGUCAACGAGCAGCUAUUGAAGUUAGAAACGGCGAUUCUGCUGACUCUGUUGCAACACAAGAGUCUAAAGUGUCGAUACGAUUCGCUGGCAGUGCUGAGCAGGAACACUCACUUUGAUUGGAUCAAUGACAUCAAGCUCGUGGACAAAGACCGGCUGUUGGUGACGGCGCUGGCGGAUCUUUCGUUGAAGCUCAUUCGCUUGGACACAAACCACGAUAAUGACGUUCACAAGUUUCAAAACGUCCAUACAGACUAUGUGAAGAAACUUUCGCUGAUUUCACUGCAGAAUUUGGUGGUCAGCGGAGCCCUUGACGGCACAAUUGCAAUCUGGGACCUCAAGACGCUAAAGCCCAUUCUGCAUUUCCAAAACCAGUCUGGCAAACCCCAUCUUCCGUCUUCAGUGUACGCCUUGGCUAACAACCAGAGUAACUUGAUUUCGGCAGGUGGACCCAGCAAUACCAUCACCGUUUAUGAUCGCAGAAUCAGUCGUGAUGGUGGCGCAAACCUCAUCAAACGCUUGGUUGGACACCAGGACAAUGUGCGCUGUUUAUUGAUGAAUUCCGACUACAUCCUCAGUGGUAGCUCCGACUCCACCGUCAAACUCUGGGAUAUGCGCAAUUUCAAAGUCUACAAAAAUUUUGAGAUGCACGAUGACCCGGUCUGGAGUCUUACAACUCCGUAUGCACUGGCUCCGGGGCUUCUGGACGGAAAUGCCGACUUCUCGGUGUUCUACUCUGGUGACAAGGCAGGAAAUGUGGUGAAGACGGAUCUUAACUACCUUUCGCUGUACGUGCCAGAGGAAGAAAUGGUGGAGCCAACCUUCAGCACUUCCGAUUUGACAGUGGUGGAUGAGAAGCUUGGUCUCUGUACCUUGGUAGCCAAGGCUUGCUCUCCCAUCGUUUCGCUUUGUGUGGAGAAGGACACAUCCAUCUUUGCUUCAACUUACAAUGCUCUCAAUCGGUACUAUGUUCCUGAUACACGCCAAAUGGCUAAAUACCAGUAUUACAGGACGUGCGUGGACUAUUGCAUUAACCUUGAUUCACAGGUCGACGAUGACCACCAGGGCGUUCUUGAGGGAACAACUACUGACCAGUCAGACCUCAAUUCGGAGUUUUACGACAUUGUCAGCCACUUAUCAAUGGACACAAACAAUCUUGACAUUCAAUCAUCCUUCUCCAACUACCCGAUGUCUGUGACAAACGCAGAAGGCGAUGUUGACGAAAACGCCGAGUAUAACUCUAUGUUCUUGUGCAUAAACGGUGGUCCUUCCACCGAGUUCGUGAACGCAUACAAGGAAGAGCUUAAAGGCUUGAAGCCCCCAGAGAAUCUGACUGUGGACCAAACUCCUGUGGAAAUUCUCCUCAACCCGAUUCCUUCGAGUCAAGUGAUAUCCAUUGCUUUCAACUCAGAGGCUAUAGAGCGGUUUCCGUUGAGCCCAAAGUCCAUUGUUGCGAAGAGAAUGCUCAAUAACAAGCGCUGGAUGGUUGUUCUUUACCACAACGGAGACAUUUGUAUUUGGGAUGUAUUCAUUUGCCAGGUGAUAAAGUCAUUCCCAAGCAAGACCGGAAGCGACAAGCGCCUCUCAGAUGAUGAGCUUAAAGAUCGUGCUCGAGUGAUGGACCAAAUUGCUCAAGAGAACCAAACUUUGGAUACGUUCAGCAAUUGGUGCGAGGUGGAGAUAAGAUCCGGAAAGCUACUUGUCUCAUUUGUGGAAACUUCUUCUCCAAAUGUCGAGAUUUAUUACGAUGAGAUGGUGAAACUGUACCCUUUCAUGGCGCUAGAUAAGAAUGAACCGGCAAAGGAGCAUAUGGCCAGAGUGAGCGACGAUGAGCGUUAUCCUUUAGCCCUCAUCUUUCUUAAUUCAAUUUUCCACCAAUACGCUCUCUAUGAACUCAAGAGCGAUGAAAAGGCACGAGAGGAGCUCAGAAUUAGUGCCACAAAAUUCAAAACCAGCGGGACUGGUUCUGAGGUAGACCUGAGCUCAGUUUCCAGUACUGUGGAAGAGACAAAGAAAAAGAGGUUGUUCUCAAGAAAAUCAUCAAAAGCGAAUAUUUCCCAGCUCUCGGCCAAGCCAGCAUUCAGCCCAGCUCCUUCUGUCAGCAGUGCUAUCAGUGAUUUGGCUGACGAUCCUCUAACAUUAACGGAGACAUCCAGCAUUUCUGACCAGAACAUUGCCGAAGAUUCUAUAUUAAAGCUUAUUCUGCAAAACAGGCAGAAGUACAUUGACUUCUAUGGUCAAAAUGGGAGUAAGAGGGUGGCGCCCUCCGAAAUGUGCCUCUACUCCAAUGACAUUGCCGUGAAUGGGAAAGAGGAGGGUUCCCUUUAUCGUCCAUUCAUUCCUGUCGAGAAGCUCCCAGGAAAGUUGCUUAUCAUUGUCUUCGAGAAUUCACAAGAUUUGGGCAAUUAUAGAGAUGUUUGCAGCUUCCACUUAGACGAGAUCACAGAGUUGAAUUACCCUGUGCAACUGAAUAGCACAAAGUGCCACCUCGUUCAACAACUCAGACAAACACUUCCCAAAUGGAUUGGUAACCCAAUCUUAUUCAACAAGUUUCCUCAGAAGGAAUGGCCGAAAGUGGCUUUCCAGCUCUUUGAGGCAGACUACUCGAAGUAUCCAGCAGAUAAGAAGAUCGGCGGUAAGGCUCAGAAGAAAAUCAAGAGACUCCCACCUCUCGAAAGCUCCUUGAAGCUUACUUCCCAGAAUAUGCUUCGUGUGAACAAGGUCUUACUUUACGUUACCGAGAAGUUCGAGUCCAGAACAUCAGAAAUGAAAGAUAAGAAGCGCCCCGCUGAAUGGCUUGAGCUCGAGUGUAGGGGCCAAAUUCUCGAACCUACAAUGACACUCCAAACAAUCAAAACAAAAAUUUGGAAGUCCAGCAGCGACAUUGAGCUUUUCUUCCGGAGAAAGUUCGAUUCGUGA